AUGAAGACUGUCAUCCUUCUUCUAAUGAUGGUCUGUUGCAUGGGAGGAUUGGGACAGAAACAGACACAAAAGAAAAGGAGCAAUGGUGAAGAAAUCCAUUUUCAGACUAAAGUCAAAGACGCUUGCACAAUGAACAUGAGUGGUAAUGGGGAAAUGAAACUCAGAAUUGAAUGCAAAAACCAAGGAAAGUCUUACUGGUGUGAAUAUACUGGCAAACCAUCAAUUUGUCGUCCUUUCAAUAACAACCCAAAGGUUUAUUGGAACCAGAUUGCCCUUGAACUUAGAAAACUCCCAAACGCUUGCCAGUCCACCCUAGUGCUGAAGCCCAGCAUGUGCCAAAAGGCUCCCACAGAUGCUCACAUGAAGCAAGUAGCUUCCAGCAUGAAGCCAAACCAGAAUCCUAGCCAGCAAGCAGAUACAGCCAAUCAGGGGAAAUCAAUCCAGAAACCCUCAGCUUCUCUAAAGCAAGUUAAAGAAACCCAGGCAGGGAAAAGCUCUGCCAAAAAAGCAGGGAGACCUAAACCAUCUACACUACCUCUUGUAAAACCAACACAGCGCGGACAAGGAUCUGAAAAUGAUACUGAAGUAAUGAAGUUGGCACGAGAACACUGCUGGGAAUCACUGCACACUUUCUGCUCCUACAUCAUCAGCAUCUUUAAAGGUUAA